AUGGCUGGCACUCAGGUUGGCUCGACGACGCCACGUGCACCGAUUAACAGGUCGCGAAUGGCGCGACUACGGUGGAGCUUCAUCUUGUUUCUCGUCUUGGGUUUAUUGGCAGUUAGUUCGGAAAUCUAUAUUUUGGAAGGUCUCCGACAGACCUGGUUUUUCUCCCUCAAGCCUAUCUCCGUCAUGCGCGGCCUCGUCUUGCUUUCCGUGGCGACCUCAGUGCUGGGUCAAACCCCUGUGGACUCCUUCUAUCCCCCAACGCUGAAUGAUACAUCAUAUAUCAACAACAGCUCAAUUGGGACACAUGGUGGUAUCUAUGAAGCUCCAACCAAUGGUCCGACCGGUGGCAAUCCCUAUGGUACCUACGACUACUGCUCCAUGCCGCAUCCUCGCUCGGAAGAAUAUCAGCUCCCUGAAGCUCUAGCCAACGGCUCAACCAAGGGAAAGCUUGUGUACCUAGAGUAUCUCCAGCGUCAUCAGCGACGAACUCCGUAUAACAUUCUCCCGGGUGGUGAGAAUCAAGCAUAUCACUGCGAUAAUGUGCGCCCUUAUCUCUACGCCGGCCCCAAUAGCGCAAAUGGCAUUCAGCCUAUGCCAAUUACCCCCCAGAUCACCAUUGGAGGAGUCGAGGACGGGUAUCAGCACGGCAAGGACCUGUGGAGCGUCUACGGCAAGAAGCUUGGCUUGAUUCCCAAGAAGCCAAACAACCGCGUCUGGUUCCGCUCCAGCGAGUCCGCUCUCACACAGGCCUCUGCUGGCACGGUCCUGCGCGGCAUGUGGCCUCACCACAAGGAAGCUCUACCCCUGCACCAGAUGGUUUCUUCUGUCAAUACUGUCAAUGCAGGAUACUCUUGUCCUGCUGUCGGCUCUAUUCUAUCGAGCAUAAAGUCUUCCACGCAGUGGAAAGAACAUUUGGCUGUCACCGAAGAGCUGCGCUCGAAGCUGGGCGUUAUGCUGGGUGCGACAGACAAUUCGUGGCAAAAUACCUUUGAUCACUUUUCAGAUAACUUCCAAGGUCGUCUAUGUAACGGCUAUAGGUUACCCUGUAGUCUGUCGAAUCCCUCGGCCUGUGUUACGAUGCAGAUGGCUGAGGAGGUCUUCCGUGCUGGUGAUUGGGAGUGGAAUUGCUACUGGCGCUCGAACCCGGAAGUAGUCAAAUAUAUCCAGGUUGUCGAGGGCUUGUUUAUUGGUGAGAUUAUCUCGCGUCUGCAAGCUGUCCUGGACGGAAAUUCUUCCCUUGAUUACAGCCACAUCUUUAUUCAUGAUGGGGAUAUCGGUCCUAUCCUUGGUUCUCUGGGAAUUGAGGCACUGCGCUGGCCCGGUAUGGCAUCAAAUGUUGCUUUUGAAGUUUGGGAAACGGGAGAUAAGAAACAUGGCAAGUCCUUCUACGCCCGGGUCUUGUAUAGUGGUCAUCCCGUUCGAAGCAUCCACGGUCUUCUUGACUGGGUCCCUCUCUCAAAACUGAUUGAUAUCAUGCGCCCCUAUGUCCCUGAGGAUAUAAUCUCUCUUUGUGGCUAA